AUGCUUUUGGCUAAUAGUGCUCAUCGCUUUCCCGAACGAAGCGAUCCCUCGGGGUCUUCAUUGCGUUCCCGACUUAUUGAAGUUGAUGGCGAAGGUGAGUUCCGUCUUUCAAUGUGCCAAUUUUGAGUCACUGUAGUCCAUGUAAAUGUUAAUUAUCAACUUUUUUCGAAAACAGGAUUUUUAUACGAAAUUAUACCAGAAAGGCCCAUCGAUACCUUUUAUAUUAAACGCCUAAAGUCGCAAUGAUGUUGAGUCAGUUAUGGCAAGCCGAAGGUCAUGCUGAACGCAAUGGGAGGAUUCGUAAAAAGCGCUAACCAAUGCUUUUUAAUAAAAAGACUUUAGGUUGAGAACAAAAUGGAAAUACGGACUGCCGAAAGUAAAGGGUACUGUGAAUACUUGAUAGGCAGCCUAUGCCAGCUAUCUUUCAUGCGAUGCUUUCAGUCGAUGACCUGCGGUUUAACCGUCCUACCCCGAAAUCGAAAUCCACCUAACUACAAAUGAACGAGAUCUUGUUAAGAAGCUAGAGACUGUCGCUUUAACGGAGAUAUCAACCGAUAUUAUUACGUCAUACUCUAACCCGUGAAUAGGAACGAGUCUAUUAUACAGAGCAGCAUUACUGAUAAGAACAAGAGAGACUAGAAUGGCCCUUUCUGUCUUAUUAGCCGUCAUGAGGCGGCUUUACCUAACCACAGCUUUUGUAAAUCCCUGAUGCUCAAGCAUACAAACUGUUGGUCAGAAGUGGUCACUCCAACCUCCCAUGUCUUUUUCGACAACGUCAUUCUGCCUAUAACACUAGUCAUUGAGCGGCCGCAGGCGGGUCUCGAGAUUGAGCCCCUGGACACAAGAGGAUGAGUCUAUCUAACCGAAAAACUCGAGAAAACGAAGAAUUGCUUGGAUCGUGGGUUUAUAGAUUCAUGGUCGUGCUGCCUGUAGUCCAUCGAGAAACAAAAAGAAGAUCCCUCCAUACGCUGCCCUCAACCUUGUUAAGACUGAGUGGUUACUCAUUUUUGGGGCGCGCAAGUGAACGCUGCCCUGAAGGGGUGAUAGCAGACCAGGCCGUCUAGUUCUGCUGUUGACUUCUGCUUGACUGUUCCAUCUCUAGCACCUUUUAUCGAUUAGUUGACAUGGUUUAAAAUUAUCGAAAGAGCAGCAGCCCGGUUAAACGGGUGACAGUUAUGACCGACCUCCGGCUGAGUCCGGCCAAAAAUACAUAAUACUCAAAUAUAUUGCCAACUGCGGCUUUCUUACAGACAAGGAAAAUUCGUCUGCAAAAGUGAACGGAAAUAGAAAAUCUUCUAAGUUGUCGGGCAUUCUUGAAAAAGACUCUCGAUGGAAACCUUAGGAAGGGUUUGACUAUAGGAAAACGUCACGUACAACUGAUUUCGAAUGCUGAACGAACUGAUAAUUCCUUUCCAUUUAACUCGUGUGCAUGUAUGAGAGCAUAAACGGUUCAAAAGACGUUUCAGUUCUCACAAACAGAUUUAUAGUUAAUGAAUGAAAGAAACAAAACAUUUACAAAAACACAAGAAGUCCAGUGUACAGUCACGAAAAAAUAUACAAUCAGCUGGUUUAUUCUGGGCCUUUGAACCCUGCAGAGGUGUACUUCCUAGAUUCGGGGCUCGAAUAAUCUCGUUAGCCGAUUUAUUAUGCAAUAAACUAGACUGUUUGUAGAACUAUAAUAUUCCUUUUUUGUCAAAUGGACUUCAACUUUCCACAAAUUCAUCGUAAUUUACCACGAUAGAGCUGACACCGGUGUGUAAUACUUUCGCCCCAUAUAAUUGCAGAAAUGCAUUUUACGUAUGUCUCAGAGCGUGAAAAGUGCUUUAACAAAAUUGACUUAUCGCGCAGCAUCAAGAUUUUCUUUUUUAUUUAGCCAACACGUGUAAAAUUCUUGACCAUCAGGCAUCGAAACCCAAUAUUCACCCUCAUCCUCAUUUUGACAUAAACGUUUUUAAAACUUAGAGUAGUCUCCUCAAAUUUAUGCACUAUGAUUUAGCUCAUUACAAAUUACUGUAAUUACAAUAUAAUACUUCCAUAACUUAUUUUUGAUUCAGAUGGCUGAUUUAAAAAAUCCCUCUACAUUAUCCAAGUAGAUGUGCAGCUAAGGUUGGUGUUUGGAGCAGAGCCGAAUACAUUGCUCUGCAUGUACCUCCAUACAGUAUGGUAAAUUGCCAGGGGUCGUCACAUAUGCUUUGUGCAUUACCAAGGCCAGAACACGUAAUUUUUUACAUCUAUCAAGCGUAAGACGAACGUAUUUGUCUAGGAAGGUGUUUAUCUAAAGGCUUUACGUACACGGAUUUUUAGAACUUUUCCGAACGCCUCUAAAACAUGUACAUUAGGCGAGAGGCAGAAAGGUGGUAUCUCGGUCCAGGUAACAUAGCAACCUUUGCCAAAUUUACCGAUCGGACGUUGGCUUUGCAGCUUUAAUUAUAUGUGGCUAAAGAACGGACAUGUCAAGAGCAUAAAAUCAACCAAAUGAGAAUAAAAUCAAUGACGGCCUAGAAGGCAUCUUGAGGAUGCCUAAACGGAUGUUUUCGGAACAAUAACGUGAUAUCCGGACGACUGUUUUACCAAAUAUCUAUUUCUUAAAACUGUGAUCUCGAGGCUGCAGGCCAGCCCGAGUUUUCAGCAAUCAAAUCGCUCUCAGAUUCUCCUUUCCUUUCUUUACUAUCUGUUUCUGAACUAAUGCCCUCUUAACGUUUAUUACUUACUUACUGACAGUCUUACCAUCGGUUUGCCGCCUGCGAUUCACGAAAACAUAGUUUAUACAUUUUGGCAGUAUUGGGCUCAAUUAAAACGCUAACUAAAAGUCUGGAUUGAACAUUCAAAGCAAGUAUGUUUAUGGCCAGGGUGACGGGUGUAUGAAUGACCAUACAAUGCAAUUAAAAUUAAAGUGACGGAGCUGGUAAAGUUGUUGACUUUUGCGUGUCUUAAAGGACAAGUAGUUUGUCAACAACACAACUUAACGGCAAUAGACAGAUGUUUAUUGCUGAAAGAAUAAAUUCGGAAACGCAAAAAUAGCUCCAGAACGCCACAUCAGAGAAAUGAAAUAACAUAUGGCCCACAAAGCAGUUCUGCUUCAAGGUCAGUCGAGGAAGGUCACAGCUGUGUAACCUGCAUAGAUAUUGUAGUAGAGUCCCAGGACUGCGUUUUGUUUGAGUGAGCAGAAACCGGACAGAAAAUCGAGGUUGGAUCUUAAAGGAGACAAGGCUUAUUGUUUCCUAGGAAAUAAUUCCAUAAUCCUCGUAAUAAAACAGCUAAAUAGGGUCAUUAUAGUUGUGUUCAGGUUGACGGUUGAAUAAACAGUCCGGUCUUUGGUUGACAUAAUUUUAUCCUCUUAUUGCAAUAUUGUUAUGCGAUGUUGGCACAGUGUGAUGGAGUCGUAGAACCGACGUGCCUUGAAAUGACGAGCAAAAACAGAGCGGCGCCACCAAGGAUAAGGAGUCCGUGACUCCUCAUCUCUCAAACCAAGGAUUCGCGGGUGUUACAACAUAAACACACCUCCAGGAUAAAAAGCAAAUCAAUGGAAACACACUUCAGACAGCAUUUAUGCGUUUUGCCGCAAUAAUUGCGUAGCCCCAUGUAUUAUGUCUUCAUGCAAAUUUACUCAUGGGAAGGCAGGUCCAUCGGUCAUUUCUAUUCACCUGCUGAUUAUUUCUAGAUCAUUUCUUUGGAUAUGGGAAUUUAAGGUGUAUUGCAUCUUUUGCAAAUUAAUAACUCAUAUUUCUUCAUGCUGCCGAGUUAGUUGUUCGAAAACGUGCACAAAACCCAAGCUCUAUUAAAUUAUUUAAAUUUACAGUAGAUUUAUUGUCUACUUCUCUCACUCUAUCGUAUAAGUUAACUUUUGCAGUAACCAACAUUAACCGACGACCUUGAACAAGUAACAUGUCUAGUCCUUUGGACUGUGCCUAGUUAGGCGUAUCUGGAGGUAUUUCUGUAAAAUGAAACCGCAAACUCCACCGCUAAAUGCAGAAAAUAUCUCCACCGACAAAUAUAUAAGGUAUGAAUUUCCGCAGUUCAUGCUUGACGGGAUCGUUUCUCACUGUUCGUCAAGUGGUGGUGAAUUCCCUGACCAUAUCAUAAAAAAUCAGGUUGCUUGAGCUCAUACUUGGUUUUUCACCAAUACUUGUUCCGUUAUAUUUGCCGUGCCUUUCAACCUGAGUAAGUGUUCCUUCCAAGAAAUCAUCCUGCUUCAUCAGAAGUAGUGUUGGCUGCACAAAAUAAUCACACAUUCAAUUUUAUUUAAAAUGAAGGACUUUCUAGUAAACUUGAAAUUUAACAAGGAUAAAUGCUUUACAUCCGAGCUGUGCUCCGGGGGUAGGCAUCCAAAGUGUCUACCAACUGACAUGCACGUAAGAAACAUCUCUAUUAAUUUUUCAGACUCAAAGGCAUAUCCUUGAGACGUCAUAGUUAAUUAUGCGUCCAACGCUCCACAGGAACUAAAAAGUCUGUUUGAUAGAGGUUAAAGGAUUCGGCAAUAGGAAGUCCUCUAAAAGACUCCUGUUUGUCCAAAUGCCGCUUAGAAGGACAGUUGAUAGUCAUUCUGGUUAAUGUAAAAUGAAAACCACAAUUGCUUUCCUUUUGUAAAAAACAUAUUCAUCUCUAACGACUUGCACGAACUAACAGCCUAUUCCAUGUUACACCUUCGUGGAGAACAGCCAAUACUAAACAUCUGUUCUGUAAUCAGACGGCAAAAUGGCCAGAAAAACCCCUUUAAAUUCCUCACUGUUGGCAAAAGCAGAUAAUAGAGCAUCCAGUAUGUAUGCAGGCUUACUCUUUACGAAAUCAAAAUUUUACCCAAUCUAGUCUGUCUGUUGCCUCUGCCCAGAUUGGUCGCAUAAGCAACGACGGUUAAAAGCGCCUCACUAGGCCAUAACAUCAGAUAAGAAGAGGAAAGUUGGGCGAUGGUGUGAUCCUCUCAGUCACCACUGAAUUCUGCCUUCUUUUGCAUUUUAUGGACAUGAGAAUAAACAGGGGCAGCAGAGAAAAUAUCGCAGUUUCUCAAACCCUGGGGCAGGGAAGGCCUAGGAGAAAAAGGAUAACCUCCGUCAACCUACACCCUGUCUAUGAAAUGCGACUUAAACAAAAAACGCGAAUAGUACGUCGAAGAAUACCAAUGGCGAUACUGGAUUCGCCAAAAUCUUUAGGCUAGAGAGGACAAAUAUUUGCGGUAAUUACUUCAGAGGUUUGCGAUUAGGUGGAGCAAUAAACCUGACAGCAGGCAAAUGUGGCGACAUGCAAAAGAGAGAACUAACAUAUGAUUCUUAUUUUACAAAACUUUACGAGGACGAAGAUUAAGGGUAGAAUAUGAUUUUCUGAAUCGUUAUAAAAAAUAAACAACCUUCCCAUACUGAGACUUAAAUUGCCUUUUAAACACGAGACGUGGACGUAAGGCAAAGAGGUGGCCCUAGUUUGACUUCACGACAUGACUCUAAGGCUACAGUGCGGUCUUUAGUCGUAUAACUCACCCUUGUUGUUGGAAGUUUGCCGCUUUACAGUGCAUAAAGUCCUGUGGACUGGGCAAAUUUUUACUAGCAAGAACCCCUUCGAAGCUCUUAGUUAAGAGGUGUCUGUGACAUCUUUUGUACUGAUUCUACUAUAGUUGCUAUAAUCACCAGGCUACGUCCGGGGGAUAGGAAAAGUCCGAAGGCACCAGAAUGAGGGAUCUACUGAGCACAGAGAAGCAAGUUGAUGUCUGGAGCAAAAGUGGCCACUGGAGAGCCCAGGGUGCCGUUUGACGGUGUCAAGCCAUUUACAAGAGGAGAAUAUCUUUGGAAUAAGAAAGUUACUAGUCCGACGUCUUGAAUUCUCUCUCAAGCUAUUAUCAGAUGCUGAAGUGGGAGAGUGCAAUGUAAGGUACUGGUCGACAGUCAUCAUUACGAUGCCCGGCAACGUUUGUCCAAUUCUCCGCUACGUCAACGACAUCCACUUUCCUAGCCAUCAGUCCCAGACGCGCUGAUCAUAACAAUCCGGUGGACUGCAACAUGCGCAGGCACGUGCAUUCGUUUGGUCACAAUCAUCAGUGUUCCACAUGAACAUGCCACCCCUCAGCAAUGGAGCACACCUCAUUCAUACAAUAGCGUCUGAACAUGCCUCCACUACCUCAUCCCAUCUCUCUCUUUUAGGUAUGAUUUGAGACCGAUAGAAUCGGAUAGGCGAAUAACAGAAAGAAUUUUAGAAAAGAAGAUGCGAUUUUUAAUUUCCUUAAAAAUUAUCUAUGAACUUCGAGUAGAUUAGUUUAUUUAAGAUUUAUAGGCUCAGACCGAGAAUGUUAUGUAUGAAUGGUUGGGCCAAAGUCCAUCAGACACGGCGGGAAGCCGCGCAAUAUUCAUUAAUUGCCGACAGGCAGCUAGUAGUAUACUCUAGCACAGGUACUAGCCAAAGGUCCAUACACGCGUGUUUCACCGAUAUUCUGCCUCUGCAUGGCGCAACUACGAGGAGUUCGGCUCGUCAGUGGGUCCUCCAGCAUUCCCUGUCUGUUUUCUGGUAGAUACUCCAAUUUAGAAAUUGUCUCUGGAACAAGAAGAUUAAUGGCCUGACGUUUCAGAUUCUCCCUCGAGCCCAUCAUGAGAAACAGGCACAGAAUAGGGUAGCGAGGCAAUGGCCAGGUAACCACACGUCCACACUAAUCAAAGCACUUGCAUUCAUCGGUGAAGAUCGUAUAUGGUGCAGUGAUUGCCUUCCGCUCCGCACCUAAGUCGUCAUUCGCCGUGCUUUCAUCACUGUUAUUGAUUCUUCGCAUGGCUGGGUACCGUCGAAUGAGCAGCGAUUUGCCGGUUAGCGUUCCUCCUACUCACUAAGGCUACAUGUUUGGCUAUCCGCAUUCAAAGUAAUCUCGAAGUUUCUCCGACGUAGUUGCUUUAUUGGAAACUGUGGCGGAUGUGGUAAACGACUCCAUACGUUUCUUAUUAUGACAGUGGGUUUUUCGGCCUCAUGACCUGGCGCCUGAUGCUUGUCUCCGGCCUGUGUGCAACCACAACUCCAAGUGCUGUGAGCAGAUGGCUGACUGCUUCCAAGACGCCCUUCACGUAUGGGAACGCGCAUCAAAAUUUCGAGCCGGGUGGGAUGAGUCUCAAGGUUUGGCAAGCCCUCCCAUACGCGAAGAAUCUAUUGGAGUCAUUCACUGUAGUUGAAUUGCGACAAUUAACGACUCAUGUACGGACCAACAAGUAAUCAUCGCACCAAACACAACCCGCCGCGAUGAACGCGGGUGCUGCUAAUUAUUGAAGAUAUGCGGUUGCCUGGCCACUGCACCCUACUUGUGCCUCCGCUACCCUAUUCUGCGACCGUCUCUGAUGAUGUGCUCGAUUGAGAAUCCGAAACGUUGGGUCAGUAAUCUUAUUGUUCCAGCGAUCAAAUGCUUUUUUCUUUACUUCUAUUCACUUCUAUCGAUCUCAAAUCAAGCCUGAGAGAAAGAAAUGGAAAGAGGUAGUGGAGGCAUGUUCAAGCGCUUUUGUAUGAGUGAUGUGUGUCUCCAUAGCUGAGGGGUGGCAUGUUCAGAUGAGACACUGACGAGUGUAACCGCAUGAAUGCACGCGCGUGCGUAUGUUGCAGUCCGCCGGAUUGUGGGGACAGCGCGUCUGGAAUUGAUCUCUAGAAAAGUGGAUGACUUUGACGCAGCGGAGCAUUAGACAAAAGUUGCCGGGCAUCCUAAUGAUGACUGUCGACCUUAAAUAUUUCUCGAUAAUUUGCUUACGGUCUUGCACAAAUGAGUUGUGACUGAAUAUGGCAUUUUUAAACGCCGACAGCCACUGUUGCCCCAAGAGGUGGGCACAGCAGUCAGGAAAGCGUAUGAAUUAGUUCAUCGUGAGAUUGACUUGCACUACGUGUACCACGUUAUCUCGUAAUUCACUUAUCUACCUUCGGCGGCAAGACUGCAUCUAAACGAUCGCGGGUGCGCGUGGGCCCAGCGGAUAGCAGAGUCAAACACUCUGUUUACGCGUACCACACACUAUCUAAUCUACCCUACAUAAAACAGGGUGCAUCAAGGACAUGCUUUCCGCCCAAAAAACCUGAGCACAUAUGAAUACGGCGUUUAGGCUGUCAUACCGGACCAGGCAAAGAGACUGUAUGCUUGAAACAGGAGUGCUGUAGAGUAUUUUAGGGGGCAUAUGUCCUGUAUUCACCUGCCGUGGAUUUGGUCCAUGCAGUACGAAGGUGUGUGAUUUGACCGCAUAAUGGGCAACGCAGGAUGUCUGCUGGAUCAAGACCGGAGUCAGGUUGGCCAACGGUAUGCGUCAGUCGGGUCAUGCAGAUUCUGCGCCAGACCAUAGCUACUGCCGCAUACGUAGUGGCACGCCAAGGCGUAGGCCUUACGCCGCGCCAGUCAGUGCGCCCAAUUCCAGCAACAACUGGCUGACAGGUUCGGCAGUCUAACAGGGCAUGGAAAGAGGAAAAGAAAGCGAGGCUGGCACUAGGAAAUCCCUUCCCAAGGGGAACCAGAUCAUUCCUCGUCAUCGUAAAUCAGACGCAAUUAAUUCCAUCACGACAGUUCAGUUGUCGCGUUUUGGGAGGCCGUCAACUGGUGAUACAGAUCAGUCCUCGCAGUCAGCCCUGCGUUUGCGUUUGUGUGGAGUGACUGACUGGUGGAAUAGGAGUUAGUCUCAAGGGCUCUCCACCAAUGUGGCAUCAAAGGUUCUCUCACACGCGCGAGAUCUGAGCAAUCCAUCCCUUUUUAUGUGAUAACCUGGUGUGUUGUAGUGUUGGAGGGGGGGGGGGCAGGUCAUCUGUGGCAAACGCUGACGGGCCAUUAGCUCUCUUGUGCCCAACCCCUCCGCAUCAGACGGCCGACCGGAUCGGACAGUGGGAUGGUGCUUGAGAGGAAGUGACGUCACCUUGGGGUGAGCGUGUCUCCACGGUACUCUAGCACGUAUCCCCACAAUAAACAAUCUGGCGCGCCUUUAAACUACCGCGGUGUGCUAAAAGCUGCGGCUUGGAAGACUGCAAACUGACGGGAUAACGCGUAAAUUUCAACUGUGAUUGCGUCGGCCCCCGCGUAGGGCAGCUUUUGCCUUACUCUGCAUGCAGACGGUCGAAUUGGACACUUGAGGAAGUCUACUGACGGUUUCUUCCCGGAUUGUUAACGGGUGGUUAAGGACAUCUUAAGAGUGCUCUCGAGCCCCUGAAGUUUCCGUCAGUAGUUUCCUUUCAUCAUGGUUAAGCAGUGGUAAACUGCCCUCGGCUUAAGGAUCGCUUUGAUGGCGGCGGGCAAAUUUUUCAUCUCAUCACGGCUGGCGACUCCCUAGAUCAUUUCAGUCUUGCAGGCUACGUAAUAGUUCUGUACCAUCCUCAGCCUCUGCUGUAGGAUACUUCAACGUCGAAAGAAUCCAGCCUUAUUGUCGUCUGCCCCGCUUUUGUCAAAGUUCGCAUGCAGACAGUCUGUCCUGUGAUACAGGUGGCAGAAUUCUUCGUCGUUUGUGUCAAAAUCCUUUUGGUGCUGACUGCUUGAGCGACCAAGGAAUUUCAGAGCGGAGGCCUGAUUGACGCCCGACAGUUCAAGUCAUUGUGCCUGAGCGGCAGCACGUUCCAACGGUACUCGGAUUUGUUCAAGGUGGAGAGCGGCGCAAGUGCUAAAAGUCCGUCGACUUUCAACCGUAUCGGACAAUACAGUAGUCAGCUUACUUUAUAUCGGAUAGCCCCGCUGUCACCUUCAGCGUCCAUUUGCGGCCUAAUUUUGGGAUGACGAGACGGUGGUUCGUUAGGCAGGCCACACCAUGCUUUACCCCGGUCACUACUAUGUCACAAUGGAUACACCUGCUGACAUAGACGUAAUCCAACAGUUGUUAGUGCUGCGGGUCAGGGUGCACCCACGUCGCAUUCCUUCGCAUCAGGGAUGGGGAGGAUUAGUGCUGUUGCAGUUGCCGACCCCUUUUGACCCCUCGCUUCCCCCCGACGCGGACAUUGAAGUCGUCAAGAUUAGUCAAUUGGUCCUCCUUCGGCACACUAGCGAGACAUGAAUUCUGGUCUUCGUAGAACUUGUUUUCAGGACAUUUGAACUGGUCAUGAGGAGGGGGGGGGGAGUUGUGGGCAUCCACGACAGGGCCGUAAAGGCAGUCGCAAGUUUACGAGACAAUCAUUGUUUCUUGUGAAGUGGAGAGUAUCCACCUUACGAUGUUGUUCCUAGUUUCGAAGUAGACUCUGGCGUCUCGUCGCUCUGCCUUGGAGCCUCCACUUUAAAAGAAGGUGCCUCCGGAAGCUCUACCGAUCUGUUCAUCCUGAUAAUAGAAGCCGAUCUCCCUGAUUGCCGCAAUGACUACGUUUUGGCGAAAUACUUGCCGGACGACCACAGUUAUCCUUUGCUCUAGUCCGCAUGCUCUUGUACUGUUUGAAGGUGAAGGAACUUUACAAGUUGUCGGAAUGACAUAGCUUACUCUGGCGGCGCGGAUGGGAAAGGCGGUUGUUGCUUUUUUGUGGUAAUUCGACCGCAUAGUUUGUUGUUAGAACGGGGUGAAGUAGAAUUAACAGGUUCCUUGGUUCGUUUGGUAAGGACCGUCAUUUGACAGUUGGCGAGUACUGCCACAACCUCGCCGGUGAUUUUUCUACCUGGUCUGUGCGUCACAGAAGCGGGCAGUGAAUCUGUGCAGUGUACCAAUGACAGUCUCUUGUUGUACUAUGGUUAUCUAGUCAUAUUGACGUACCUGGAGUGACCGCACAAAUGCGACUUGGACCCUGUCUAGUACAUCCUCUGUAGUUCAGCGACUUAGUUAAACCCAUAUGACAAAAGUUUAUGUAUAUUUUUGGGACAAAUAAAUGUGUGGAAUACCGUAGUAAUGUUGUUUCUCGAAGGCCAAUACAGAGUUAUUAAAAAUUGGGACGAUAUCUUCAAACGCUCAAAAAAGCUCUGAAGACCUCAAACAUGUCUUUAACCAAAACAUAAUCUUUAAGCGCGUUCAAAAUUCUAUGUAGUAUGCGGAAAUCCAGUGCCGAUUUAUACGUAGAAUAACACCAAAUUCACUCGAUAGAGUUAACAGUCGUUACUGUUUGAAUAUCUUUCAUAACUAAUAGACAUUCAUUUAUCAAUAAUUGGUGGCUAUUUCAACCCAUAACAUUCUCCAGGAGGAAUACACAAGCAAUGUUUUGCUAUUUUCUGAGUUUGAAUGUUAACGGAUACUUGAAAGUUCGGUGUUCGAAAGAAAUAUUCCUGGCUUUUAAGUCACUUGACACUGUAAUGUUGUUAUCCGCUUGAAUAACCAGUCAAACGUCCGCAGGGCACCUAAUGCCGUCUUUAAAAGUGCAAGGACCAUGGAGGUAAUAUGAAAAGCCUGUGAGGGAGAAGUGCAACAAAACUUAAGUAUAAAAUUAACUAUAAGCUGUUCGAACGUGUGCAUGGACUACAGGAUCUUUAUAUCCGAAAUAUCUUCUGGGACGGCGCAAAUGUCCACUAAAGAAGUAUAAAUGGAGCAAAAUCUACAUAUUUUCUUAUGUUUGACUUGCGGGGACUGUUUAGAGAUAGUCGUUAUUCAUCUCGGCCCAUAGUUAAAAUUUUGGACCUUAAGUAUCUUACAACAAAGCCAGUGGACGGCUGUCCACUCAUUAAUUCAAAAACAUACUUAAAUAUGCGGCAACGGUAUAGAUAAGGACCCUAAUUAACUGUCAGUAGGCUGUGGAUCGUGCCAUACGUGAUUUUUCGUAAAGGGAGUUUUAUGGGCAAGGCAACAAGCUAGACAGUAAGCUGACAAAAUGAAAGAAAAGACAGAAACCACCUGAAUUUAUGCCGAAAAUCUAAUCCUGUGUUAUAGUACGGCAACGGAAAUGGGAGUAGUAAUUAAACAAUAACCAAAGAGUAAAGUUAACAAAAUAACGGAUUUUAAGGUUUGAGGUCGUGGGAUGUAAUCGUUGUUGGCAGUGGAAUUCCUGUAACGGCUGCAAAUGUACGUUAUGAUAAAACCCCAUAUGACACGAUCCACAGUCUACUGACAAUUAAGUGCGGGCCCUUCUCUAUGCCGUUGCCAAACAUGUCACUAUUCAUGCCAUUCGGUGCUCGGAUAAAAACUAGUUGUUAGUACAGGUUGUUGAUUUUAAAUUGCGCAACCGAUAGAUUCCUUUUAGCUUUCUCUACAAAGAUUGCCAAAGAAAUAUUUGCUAUUUAUCUAUGAGAAAAAGUUAACCAACUUCGCCUAUUUAUGGAAAUGCAUGCAACAUGACCUGCAAACUACUUAACUUUAGAAUAUUUAUGCCACAUGCUGUACAAUGUAGCAAAUAAUGUCGCCUUUUACUUCGAACCGGAAAACAAUGUGUGUUUAAGCCUUGACUUGUCCGUCAAUUCUCCAAAGUAUUUUGUGACACUUUUGAAUUAUAAGAUGCAUAGUUCCCAUAAUAAACACAAAAAUAUCGCAAAAUAAUUAACUUAUUUGUCAUGUAAGACAAUUUUAAAUACGGCUAAUGUUUAUCGUUUUUGAUUCGGAUGUCUUUAAGCAGGAGACGGCAUAAAGUACAACUAGAUUAGUCGUUUGGCAUGUAGUGGAACGAAUGUCCACAAUGCGGUUUAUGCUGGAUGGAAUGUAGAUCUCGUCAUCCGAGUUUGCGCGUUGUUUUGAAAACGCUAGGCAAGAUAAUCUUCGUUUAACAUUGCGAGUAGAACGUAAUUUUUUCCUAUACUUUUUAAAUUGUUGAACAGUUUUUCCAUGAUAUAAGUCAAAGGAACACGCAUCUCAGAAAAAAUAGUCUAACGCAUAGGUUCGUUUUUAUACGGCAUUUGACCUGUUAUAUCCUUAAAGACAAACUACAGGAAUUUCGCAAUCGCAUUUUACGGACUUUUUGUCUCUUUUUGUGUCAGUGGGGAUAACAAGGAUUUAUUCUCAAAGAUGAAAGUCCUUAUUUAUAACCAUAAACGUAACGUAUUGUAUUUUCAACCCCAUAAAGAAAGUAAGGUUUGUCUGAUUAGAGAUAAUGCUCAAGUCAGCUGCCUAAUCAACUCAGUUUGCGCUAACCAAAUAGUUUAUUGGUUGUCACUAUCCACUACAUUUGAUCAACAUAGAUUAUAAAGUUGUUUCGCCUAGUGACGUCCGUUGAGAUGACCUAAAUUUACUCAGAUUUUGUUUUUUUGUCGUCUGCCAAAAAAGAUCUGUCCGAUAAGCAGACAGAAAUUAUUAGUUUAGGCCUAAUUUCUAUAUACUUGUUAUUUGCAAUCAAUGGGUCCUAGUGCUGUUACUUAAGAAAACUUUCCACAUCUCUUUAUCUACCAAAAGCAAGAUAAAAAAGUUUGAAACUUUGCGUAUUGCUGGAUAAAGUCCUCUUAACUUGGAUAUGUGAGGACUAAUCCUUGCAAAACAAAUUCCUUUGGAUAUUAUCUAGCAGAUGAUAGCAAAAGCAAUUCAUCGCAUAUACUUGGAACGCUCUACUUUGGGUGUCUAAAGCUUAUAAGAUAAGCGAACAAUUGUUUCAUUAUGUAAUGAGUUCAGAAUAAUCUGGAAGGAAUUGUACCACCACAAUACUUAGCAUCUUAUUUCUUAUUUCACUACGACUAUGAAAUUCAUUUCCAAAUUUUCUACUUUAUUUUUUUCAAAAUAAAAUAAUUCCCUAACAAUUAGUUUCCCUAAUAGCACAAGACUUCACAAUGACAACUGCCCAGGACAUAUAUGAUUAUUAUGCGUAUCUCGUUGCAACGAUUACGUUUGUUUAUCGAUCGUUUUGAAAGUCUGAAUUUCAGUUCUAAUAAGUGACAGCAAAAUUGAUUCCAUCACAAAGUGUCUCCACGUUAUUACUCAAAGAUUGAGAGCGCCAUUUUGCACCAUUACAUUAUUUACGUUGUCCUAAUACGGAUUUGUUAACAGUUAUUCAGAUGUUUGUGAUUCCCUACCAAUGACGAUGUGUGCCUAUUUCCAGGAGUAUCUCAAAAUCUACCACAACUGAUAAUUUUGCAAUUUGUUAGUAGUAAGAUUUCCAACUCCAUAGUCACAUGUAAUCAUAUUUUUUCGGUUGAUAGGUGAUCAACAACUAUCUUGCAACUACAAACUGGGCAAGUAAACCCCUUUUUAUUUUUACCAUGCGAGAGGAGUUUGGAAAUGCGGAUGUUCUCUGCAUGAGCGAGAAUACUUGACGCAGUUGCGCGCUGAUUAAAUCUAAAUGAACAAAACGUUAUAAGUGUCUUUUUAGGUCAGCGUGACUAGUUCGCUUGUCAUACAAUCUUUCCCAGGUCAUCUAGAAGUUAUAGGAGAGGUUAAAUUUGUGCUGAACAGUUAUGCAGGCGACAAAUUCAGGCGAUGGUUAGUAGGCAUUUAGUCCUCUCCAAGUUGGUUAAAAUGCUCUCGAAGUCACUUGUCAACACUUAUCGACCAGGGUGCGCAACUGCGACAGUCUCUUUCUGUUUUAGUACAAAAAAAGAGCAGCUUUUAUCGAAAGACCACCAUCUGCUGCGCAUUCUUUAAAUUACGCCUUUGAGCAAUCAAAGGUGGCUGACAUCACAAUAUUGCCUCCUGAGAAUAAACAACUCUAAACUUCACUGACGCGAAAGACGAGUGCUAAACGCCAACUGACCGGAAAAAGGCAUUUUUACAGUAAAGUGGAGUUGACGCUAUACUAAGGCACAUAUUUCGAACAUUCUGCUCCCCAAAAAAUCCAGUAAUUAGGGGGUUUUCAGAGGUUUGAUGAUGGUGUUCAGCAGGCCAUGUCUUCAUGUUAAAAGGAUGAAGCAGGUUUGUGGGGAUACAAAAUUUGGCAUCCACUAUUACCGUAAACUAAUAAACACCUAACGCCUCCAGCACAGACAAGUAAAUUUUUACUAUUGUGCCAUAAUGAAUAAUACUGCAGAAGACAUUCGCUUUUAUUUGGCCGACUGUACGAUAAGUUCAUUAAAAAUGUAACUAUUAAACAGUGACGCGAAUGUCGAAGAGACAUAAUACUGUUACGUGCAUGCUUCAUCACUAUUUAGAUCCAAAAAACAUGCGCGCAGAAUUAACGGCUAGAACGCAAUUUGACAAGUCAUACAAAGGAAACAUUUCAAUCGAUGAAUGCUCUCCUGACGGUCGUUUCGUCGUUAUAACGAAUAACGGAAACAAUGUAAGUAACCCCGUACGCACGUUUAAAGCGGAAGUCAGACUAUAUUCCUAUAUCUUUUAUAAUAUAUUUUGUUAAAAAAUGCGUAGAUAUCUAGUCGUGUUUUUAAAAAGUUUCCUUUACACUAAUAUUGUGAUUAAUUUCUACAAUUAACAUAUUCAGGUGGAAAACCUCGAUGGCUGGAGAAUAGUUCGAAAUGUAGAACAUGGCAAGCAGAUUAUUCGAUACACCUUCGGUGACACACCAAUGCUGCCGAAAAGUAGCCGGAAGGCAAGUCUAACCCAUCUCGCAUGCUCUUAA